UUGCUAAACUGAUCAGGAAGCAGUAAUAUGGCUAGGGAAGAAGAAAACUACUACGGGAAACAUGGUGAACCAAGGAAAUUUGACCCAAAGUUCAGAGGACCUAUUCACAACAGGCACUGUACGGAUGUUCUGUGCUGUGUAAUCUUCAUAGUCGUCAUUCUGGGUUACAUUGCAUUAGGAAUUCUGGCUUGGGUGCAUGGUGACCCCAGGAAGGUGGUCUAUCCAACUGACAGCUAUGGACAGUUCUGCGGCCAGAAGGACACCAUAAAUGAGAACAAGACCAGUUUGUUUUACUUUAACAUUCUGAAAUGUGCCAGCCCAAUAGUGCUAAUAAACCUACAGUGCCCUACAACACAGCUUUGUGUCUCAAAGUGCCCAGACAGGUUUGCAACGUACAUAGACAUGCAAGCUUCCUACAGACAUAACAAAAGUUAUUGGGAGUACUACAGGCAGUUCUGCAAACCUGGUUUUAAUAAGCCUUUGAAGUCUGUUGCUCAAGUGAUCCGUGAUGAAGAUUGCCCUUCGAUGAUCAUUCCUAGCAGGCCUUUUCUUAAAAGAUGCUUUCCUGACUUCUCCACGAAGAAUGGGAUUCUGACAGUGGCAAAUCAGACGACAUUCAAAGAUGGAAGAGGGAAAACAAGAAAUGUAACUGAUCUCAGGGAAGCUGCAAAUGGUAUCAAUAAUGUCCUUGAUGCAAGAUCAGUUGGGAUGAAAAUUUUUGAAGACUAUGCCAGUUCCUGGCAUUGGAUUUUAAUUGGUCUGUUCAUUGCAAUGGUUGUGAGCCUGCUCUUCCUUGUGCUCCUGAGGUUCACAGCGGGGGUCCUCUUCUGGAUUUUCAUCCUUGGCGUGAUUGGAAUUAUAGGAUAUGGUAUCUGGCAUUGUUACUGGGAGUAUGAUCAUCUUCAGGGGACACCUGGAUCUGACCUCACGAUCUAUGAUAUUGGCUUCCAGACUGACUUCAGAGUAUACCUGCAGCUGAGGCAAACAUGGUUAGCAUUUAUGAUAAUACUUUGUAUUGUGGAAGUCUUCAUCAUACUGAUGCUGAUCUUCCUGAGGAAUCGGAUCCGGAUUGCUAUUGCACUCUUGCAGGAAGGGAGUAGGGCUAUUGGCUACAUAAUGUCCACAUUAUUCUACCCCAUUAUCACCUUCAUUCUCAUUGCAAUCUGUAUUUCCUAUUGGGCAGUGACAGCUGUUUUCCUGUCUACAUCAGGGGAACCUGUGUAUAAAGUAAUGGCUAAUCAAACACUGUGCAAGUAUGCAAACCUGACCUGUGACCCAGAGACUUUUAACACAACCAAUGUGACCAAAUUAUGUGUUGGUGCUCAGUGUACUUUUGCUUUCUAUGGGGGAGAAAGCUUCUAUCACAAAUACAUCUUCAUCUUUCAACUCUCCAAUGCUUUUGUCUUUCUGUGGCUGGUAAACUUUGCAAUUGCACUGGGUCAGUGUACCCUUGCUGGUGCCUUUGCCUCUUACUACUGGGCCUUUAGAAAACCUGCUGAUAUUCCAACGUGCCCACUCUUUUCUUCAUUUGGACGAGCAAUACGAUAUCACACAGGUUCACUAGCAUUUGGAUCAUUAAUUCUUGCAAUAGUCCAGUUGAUUAGAAUAAUCUUGGAGUACCUGGAUCACAAGCUGAAAGGUACACAGAACUCCUUUACGAGAUUUCUGCUCUGUUGCCUCAAAUGCUGUUUUUGGUGUUUGGAAAAAUUCAUAAAGUUCAUAAACAGAAAUGCCUACAUCAUGAUUGCGAUAUAUGGUAAAAACUUCUGCACCUCAGCAAAGGAAGCGUUCUUUCUGCUAAUGCGGAACGUGGUGAGAGUUGCAGUGCUGGACAAAGUUACAGAUUUCUUGUUGUUCCUUGGGAAACUUCUCGUUGCUGGCGGUGUAGGUGUUCUAGCCUUCUUUUUCUUCACACAUAGAAUACCAGUGUUCAAACAAGAAACCCCAACAUUAAAUUACUACUGGGUACCCCUGUUGACUGUCAUUAUUGGCUCUUACCUAAUUGCACAUGGGUUCUUCAGUGUCUAUGCAAUGUGCGUUGAUACACUUUUCCUCUGCUUUUUGGAAGAUUUAGAAAGACAUGAUGGCUCUGCAGAAAGACCCUAUUAUAUGAGUAAAUCUCUCUUGAAGAUUUUGAACAAGCAGAAUGUAGAAACCAAGAGACAUUAGAAAAUACCCAAUGUUGUAACCACCCAAUCGUGUUGGAUUUAGUCCUGGUUUGAUGCAUUGUCUUCCCAACACUGUAUUAAUUGUCGGCUUUUAUUUGCAUGUUUUAUACCAAAGCUUCUAUGUAAAGCCAUCAGAAUUGGUAAGGAAACUGUUUAAAAAACAAAAAACCCAAGAUGUGACCAUUUUUAUACUGAGAUUUGUUUUUUUCAAGUUGUAUUUAGCUUUUAAUUCUAGUGGCUUGGAUGUUUUGAAGAUGCGGAAUAUUCUUUUAAAUAUAAGCAUUUAAAAAUAUGAAAUGUUUUCCUGUUGCAUAUUCUGGUAUAGGACAGUAAAAAGAUUUCAGAAAUCAUCAUAUUAAGCUUAUUCUAAAAAGAGAGUCUUUAAAUAUCCUUCUAAAAAUAAAUGAUCAUAAAAAUGAUUAGACUUAACAGUUUGUCUCUGUAUUGUAGUAUAGAACUUCAGUCUUUAAACUAUUGCCAGUCACCCAGCCUGUACAACUGUGCCCUCUAUGACAAAAGUGCCUUACUGGCUAUUAUUAUUACCCAGCUUAUAUUUUAAAGUUUACAUACAUAAUUUAAACCACAAAAUAGAAAUUGCUAGAUAGGAAAAACAAGACUCUUCCAGCUUAGUUGAAAUGAAGUGAUAUAAAAUCAACUGCAUUUUAAAUACAUUUGACAAUUUUGCUAAAUACUGCAGCAUGCACAAUUUCCCUAUUACUGUUGUCAGAUCAUGCGUAUUUUAUGCUCCAAAAAAGAAAGUAAAAGAGAAUGUUUUUGUUACAAAAAGAAAAUCAUGUAAGACUGUUUGGUUUGCUUUAGUAAACUUUUCUAAAUCUAAUUUAGGGGAUGCUGAACUCUUUAACUGGGGGCCCUAUUUUGUCUUCAGCUUCAGAGAUAGCCCAUUGUAUUUAGAUAAUUGAAGGUAGAAUUCGGCCCUUGGUAUUUAAAAUAAAAUGAAAAGGGAAGUUAGUAGAUAUCUGUUACACCAAUGUUAUAUGUUUUUUAGGUUCCCAAAUGUAAAGUAGAUGCUUCAUUUUAAGACUGAUUAUUUACUAUUCUGGAAGUGUUUUAUAAAUGACCUUUGAUUUUCUAACUUUUGAUACAAACUAUUGGAAUAUAAGUGCUUCAUGUUUAAAAUUACUAGUGCUAUUAAUAUAAAAACUGAUUGUCUGUUACUAUAUGUUACAGAAGGGUCCAUAAGCAUUUAUUUCAAAUAUGUACAUGUAAAAUCACAAAAAGACAAUUUAAAAGUUGAGAAAUGAGAGAGAAGUAACUGUCAUUUUCACUUAUCACAUUUUUCAUUUUAAUGUGACUUUUAGAGAUUUAUCAUUUUCAUGCCAAAACCAAACUAAUGUGAGCACAUGACAGUCUGAGCUCUAAAACCUGUUUGCUUCUGCUGUGCAGAAAUAUUGGGAAUGUAUUGUUUAAAUAUCUUUGAUAACUAAAAUGUUUAAUAUUUAAUGAAAUUUGUUGUUACUUAUUGUUUUACAGCUCUUGGGGUUUGUUCUAAUAAAGAUUUAGAUAUAAAAGAAG